AUGCACUUGUCGAAUCUACUGUCCUUUCAGCUACUGGCGCUGGCGCCUUUUACGGCAGGAAUAACCGUUGAUGCAGAUAGCGCCCAGUCACUCAAGGACGCCGCCACCACAGCAGCCGCAUCGGCCGUGAACUAUUAUAAUAAUCGCGAUCCAUCAGUCCGAAAUAUCCCGGGGCAAUUUUACAACACGUGGUGGGAAGGAGGUGCCUUCUUCACCUUUUUGAUUAAUUACUGGCAUUGGACCGGCGACGAUCAGUAUAAUGACCUGGUCAACAAAGGCAUGUUGAAUCAGAAGGGAGAUGCCAACGAUUUCGACCCUGCCUCGGCCAGUAUGUAUAUGGGAAAUGAUGACCAAGAGUUUUGGGCAUUGGCAGCAACGACUGCCAUCGAGCAAAAAUUUCCCGACGUACCAAAUAACCCAUCCUGGUUGAGUCUCGCACAAGGUGCAUUCAAUGAUUUCGUUGCUCGCUGGGAAACAGAUAAAGCGUCAUGUGGUGGAGGGUUACGGUGGCAAGUCAACUCUAUCCAAGGAUCCGGUUACAACGCGAAGAACUCGAUUUCCAAUGCUGGAUUUAUGCAGCUGGCAGCGCGUCUCGCAAGGUUCACAAAUAAUCAGACCUACGCAGACUGGGCGGACACGGUUUGGGAUUGGACCAUGUCGGUUCCUCUAUUGGACAACCAGACUUGGUUUUUGAACGAUUCCAUCCUCAUUAAUCAGAACUGCGGUGCCCCGAACGACCAGCAAUGGAGUUACAACUACGGUUCUUAUAUUGCUGGCCUUGCUUACAUGUACAACUUCACGAAUGGAGCCGCUAGAUACAAAACCGGCAUCGAUGGCUUGAUGGGCCAAUUGUUUGAAAGAUUUUUCCCUGCCGAAUACGGCAGCAAUACAUUGUCCGAAAUAUCCUGCGAGCCGUAUGGGACCUGUAACCGAGAUCAGAUCAUUUACAAAGGCCUGAUAACAAACUGGUUAUCCCUGGUUGCCCAACUCGCUCCGUAUACAUAUGGAGAGAUUGAGCCCAAAAUGAAAAAGUCUGCUGAGGCUGCCGGCACACAAUGUUCGGGACCUAAUAACGAAUGCGGUAUUGUUUGGCACAAUACGACUUGGGACGGUACAGACGGUAUUGAACAAGAAAUGGCCGCUCUCAGCGCCUUUGCCAACGCCCUUGUCUUCUUCCAGUAUGGGUCUUCAGGCUAUACUGCGCCGGAAACUCCAGCGCCCGUGACAUCUACAACAGGUGGUAACAGCACGAGUGACCCAUCUGGUGGCAUGGCUGGAGGAGGCGAACAAACCGUACCACAACCGAAGCCCGUCAACACUGGUGACCGUGCCGGCGCAGCUAUCCUCACUGUCAUCUUUGCCACUGCAUGGAUUGGCAUGAUGGUAUGGGUAGCAUACGGCGAGUUCCGAUUUUGA